GACACGUAUUCCCGGCUUUCUGUCUGUGUGGUUAACCUCGCAAAAGCAUAGCAUGAAGGCCAGGCCACAAUGCAGCCUCUCCUCUACUGUCUACCCUACUUUGCAUGGCUCGCUCAGGCAGGGGCGUUAACGCCAGCCGAGCUUCUGGCUCAGACCCCUCGGUGUACUCACCGUUGCAUCGCCGACGCCCUCGCUGGUCUCAAUGGCGAUUUGUCGAACGUGGCAUCGUAUGUUUGCGAAAACACCACGCUGCAGUCUGAGCUAUCAACGUGUACGCAGACAAGUUGUUUGUACGCGGACCAAGUGAACGCAGCAAAGUUGGAAACCGAACUCUGCGCUGCCUUUCCCAAGGCAUCUCGGAGCCAUGACGUUAACCGAGCAAUCAUCGUCGGCUGUGCCUUGGUGUUUCCGACUAUUGCACUCCGACUAUAUACUAGAGUCACUUGCACUGGGAGGCUGUGGGCAGAUGAUUACGCGACAAUCUUAGCAGCUGUUUUACUGGCAUCCCUCGCCAUCAUAGAUCUCUGCAGUGCACAUUUAGGUUUAGGCAUGCACUACUGGACAAUACCAACUGGGCACGGCAUCCUGAUUCUCAAACUAUUCUACGCCGAGUCAAUAAUCUACACUCUCCUCCUCAUUACCAGCAAGAUUUCCAUCUUACUGCUUUACGCGCGGCUCUUUCCUGUCCAGACGUUUCUGUGGGUCAUUAAAGGCCUAGGCGCCUUUCUUGGGUGUCAUGGUGUCCUCUAUGUGCUUCUCAUCGCGAUGCAGUGUCUUCCAGUCUAUACAAUAUGGGAUCGUUACGUGACCGACCGGAAGUGUAUAGAUGUCACGGCAGUUGCCUAUAGCAGCGGCGCGCUCAGCAUUCUUGAGGACGUCGCCAUUCUCCUCUUGCCCAUUCCCCAGGUGUGGCAGCUGAAGAUUGACCGCCGCCGACAGCUAGGGCUGAUAGCGAUAUUCAGCAUUGGUUCAUUCGCCUGUUUUACCUCGAUGAUUCGGAUGAAGUUCGUCGUGCAGUACAACGCUACGUUCGACGCAACCUGGAAUAACGUCGACAUAAUCGUUUGGUCUGCUAUCGAGCAGUUCACCGCUAUGUUCUGCGGGAGCCUGCCCGCCUUGCGUCUUCUUUUUAUUCGCGCUCACCGUAGGGCCUCCGCGGAGAUAAGGCAGAGAUACGACAACAUGCCGUCACGCGCCUUGCCGUCCAAAAAUUCCAUUCCAACCCAGUCUCCGUCGCGAGGGAUAUGGAACAACCAGGCCGCCGAUACACAGGCGAACAGUGCCUGCACCGGCAACCAGAUCGGACAAGGCGAAGACGGUAUUCGGGUGACUACGGUCGUCCAAGUUUCGCAGGAGCCCGGAACAUGGCUUGAUGAUAGCACACAAAAUCAUGACGAAGACGUCGAAGUGACAAACAGGACGAGAAUCGUCACCCGCAGGUAG